AGUCAGUUUCCAUUCCUCCAAGCUAAUCUCGAUCUGGACGCCUGAGCCGUAGCGGAUCUGUGGACGUCUCGCCGGCGGGCGAUUGCCAGGGGGAGGCGAUGGACCCGCCGCCGCCGCCGCCGCUGCCCGACGACGUGCUCGCGGGCAUCCUCCGCCGCCUCGCGCCCCGCGGCCUCGCCGCGUCCCGCUGCGUCUGCCGGGCGUGGCGCCGCGUCGUCGACGACCGCCGCCUGCUGCGCGCCGACCUCCUCCCGCGCUCGCUGGGCGGCAUCUUCCUCAACCUGAACGGUCUGUGGUUCACGCAGUUCCUCGCUCGCCCCACCAUGGGCGCCGCCGUCUCCGGCCGGCUCGACUACACGGUGCCCGGCGACCCCGACCCCGACCGCCUCCCCGUCAUCUACGUCCGCGACCACUGCAACGGCCUCCUCGUGCUCGAUCACUGCGUGGUCAAUCCAGCGACGCGGCAGUGGGUGCUCUUGCCCCCGCGCCCGGAGGACCUGCCCCAACCCCCACCUCCGGGCAUGCAUGCUUGCACAGACGAGUACCUCGUGUUCAACCCCACCCUGUCGCCCGACUUCGAGUUGUUCAUAGUACCAAGUGUAUGCGAGGUCGACAACCAAUGUGAGGAAUCUGAAUGGCCGCCGUCCACACUGAUCCUAUCUGUGUUUUCAUCAAAGACCGGUUCCUGGGAGGAGAAGGCAUUUUGUCGGCAUGGGGAGGCUGCAGGAUUGUUACCUGGCAUGCGGUCAGUAAGAUCAUUUUUGGAUCAUCAGUGUGGCUACUGGCGAGAAGCACUCUAUAUAUGCUGCUCCAACUGUUUUGUUAUGAGGAUAUCACUGUCAGACAACACGUAUCGAGUAAUUAGAUUGCCCAUAGAAGAUGGAGAAUUUUAUCUAGGUAAAUCAAUCAAGGGGAUAUAUUGUGCAUCAUUAGUCCAGGGGGGCCAACUUCAGAUUUGGUUCCUUAAAGACCAUUGUGGUCAUGAUCAGACGGAGUGGGUGUUGAAGCAUGAUAGAGACAUUUUCCCCAUCCUGCCAAAUCUGAACUAUGAUGAACAAUGUGAUGGGCCUUGGAUCUUACAAGAAUUUUACUAUUGGCGACAUGAACAACAUUCUGAUGAAGAUACCGAUGUGGAGGACACCGAACCAAUUGUGGAAGAGAAAAUGGAAGAGAAAUUUUUGUGGGACUCUGACAAUGAUAAUGUUCUCGAACCAGGGACUAGGAGCAAUGAUUCUUACAUUGUUUUCCUUGGAUUUCAUCCUUACAAAGAGGUUGUGUUCUUGAGUGAUAAAUUUGACAGAGUGUUAGCCUAUAAUUGGAGUAGCUCAAAGCUUCAUGAUUUGGGCAAGGUUUUCCCAAAAUUCUAUAUUGAACGUGACCUUCAAUUCCACCAUCGAUUAGUAAAGGCAUCUUUCCCAUACACUCCCUGCUGGUUGGGGGAGCUUCCUGAAAAACUAAAUUCUCAAGCUCACCAGAUUGAAGAUUAGAAUGCACUUGCUGCAAGCUAAGAAUGGAAGACUACUCUUGUCCGACCUUCUUUUUGUAUUUUGUAUACAUAUAUGAUUGUACCUUGUAAACUAAAUUUUCAUACCUCCAGUUUAAAUUUCGUUAUUUUCCCUGCUGUUAA